UUUCGCACGGAGCUGCACCUUACGUCGCAUUUGCAUCAUCGGUUGUGUUACGUGGCGACGACGCGCGCGGUUCUCUGAGGUUGAGCCUCGAUUCGAAAGCUACUUGUGUUGGAUACUUGGAACUGGCAUAACGUGAGACCACGUGAUCGUGUGACGUUACGACUCACAUGCUACGUUAUUCCCAGAUGUUGCACUAGAUAGUUGCACCCCAAUCGCGAUCAUCGCAGCCGCACCUGAGACGGCUCCGGAUUUACCCCCACCAUCCUCAUCAGCAGAUCCACUGUAACGCGCCUCAGGAACCACUGUAACAUGGGACAGGACCGCGCGCGCGCGAUUACACGUAACUUGUCGUAGGCGACGACGACGCGCGUGUGUGUGCUUGCUUUGCGAAUCAUCGCGACUCGCGGAGGAUCCAAGAAUACCAAAGAGAAGAUUUAUGUCACGGUUGCAUCGAUCGCGACCGAUAAUUUCCCGAAUUUAUCGCUCUUAUCUCUCAUUCGCUCGACGGGGAAUUACACCUUGGAAAUAUCAAGGGGAAUUACACCUUGGAAAUAUCAAGACGAGCAAGUUGGACGAAUCACGACGACUCUGAUGAAAUUUCGCGCUCGCGAAUGCGAGUCAACGGCCUUAUCAGCGUCAUCAGUAUCAUCGGCUGCACCGAAUCCCCCUCGAUCUUUCUGAGAAGAAGCGUCGUGAAAUCCUCGAGAAUCCCAAAGAGAAAAGCGCGAGCAUCGGAAGCGUAAAAAAGUCCCGACAAAUCCCGAGGAAACGUCGAGGUGAAGAGAAAGGGCGCGGAAAAGAUCAGUUCUAAAAUAACCAUCCCGAGAAACGAUUCAUCAAAUUUAGCGAGACCCGCUCGAGGGGGAUCUCGGAUCCGAUCGCGAUCGGAAAACGAGGCGCAAAUCAGUGAACGGCCGCGCGGCUCGUGCACGCGCGUCUCGUGCUGCAGCGCGCGCGGAGGAGGGGGGAGAGAGAGCGCGCGCGCGAGAGAGAAAGAGAGAGAGAGAGAGUGACAAGGUGGGAGGCGGGAGAAAGAGGGCGCCAGUACGGGAUAUCGCGCGCGCGAGACCGGACUUGGCUGAGUGUCGUGGGCGAAUUCCUCUGUCGCGCGCCACCGGCCGCACUCUCGUCGCCGCGAAUGUGUCAGUGAGUCCGUGGACGUGAAAAUAACCUAAUCUCGUGCGCCGCUAUCAUCCGUGACGCGACGCGACGUAACGUGACGUGUUGUGCGGUGUAUGCGUACGUGCAUGCGUGCGUGCGGUGAGUUGCUGCGUGUCGUUCGAUUCGUCCUUCCUGCCGCGCGUCCGUUCCGUCAUCGCGGCGCCGACCGAUCGAUCUCGGUCCAGUUCCAAUUUCGACGAUCGAGACGGUCGGGCUCGAUUUCGACUUUCCCUUCUUCCUCUCGAGCGAGGAGCGAGGAGAAACCGCCGGUCCCCCUCGCCCGUACACGCCCGUCACGUUCAGCUGUCACGUGACGCGCGCGAUUCUCGUCAGCCGAUUCCUCUCUCGCGAGAGGACACAAUAACACUGCGUUUAGUGGACGUUUUAAGUGCGAGGAACGAGAGGAGAGCAGUGCGAUCAUCGCCGGGUACCAGCGUCGUUCUAUGCGGCAAGAUGAUGGAGACACAGAAUUACUGGGAGGAGAACUCGGCGCAUUCGAUGCAGGUGAAAUACGAGAGUCUGGAUGGUAGCUCCUGCAAGGACGAGAUAUACGGCAUGGGCAUAGGAGCUGGAUAUUGCGAGGGCAAUCUGAACUUCGCCACGGCCUCGGAGGAUGACGAGGUUUAUACCAAGAAGAAGGUCUCCAGGCAAGAUCCAAUGUCACAUAGGAUCAUUGAGAAGCGUAGAAGAGAUCGCAUGAACAAUUGUCUGGCUGAUCUCAGUAGACUCAUACCGGCAGAAUAUUUAAAGAAGGGUCGAGGCAGAGUCGAAAAGACAGAGAUCAUCGAGAUGGCGAUCCGUCACAUGAAGCAUCUUCAAGGCCUUCGACAAGACACCAAGCACUCGUCCGUGACACCAGUGCACACGCAUCCCGAGGACAGCGUGGACAGCGUGUCCCAUUCGACCGCCGCGUCUACCGCGGCGGAUCACUACAGGCUGGGAUUUCAGGAGUGCCUGAACGAAACCAUGCAUUUCCUCGAGGAGGUCGAAGGCUUUUUCGCGAGAGACACUCUCUGCGUACAACUUUACAAUCACUUGCAACAGCACUGCGACAAGAUCUUUGCCAAUGAUCGAGUGAGCUUUCCGCAUCCCGAGCUGCCGGCGACGAACGGCGCGAUGAAUGGCAGCGGCUACGCUCACGCGAGCAUCGCGAUGAUGUGCCAGCCCAACGGUGGUCACUCGGAUCACGGCUCGAGUUCGGGCGUGAGCUCCUUCGGUGACCCGGAGCGUCCCCUGUUACGAUCAGUGAUUGUGCCGCCGCCGACGAUCGUGAGCGACGACAGCAAUCACAGCACCCAUUCGCACAGCACGCCACCCGGAACCGGCGCCGUCUCCUGUCGACCGACCAAUUACAAGUUCAAGAGCUCGAUUAAGCAGAGGUUCUCGGCCGAGAGGAUCAAGUCGUGCUCGUCGCCGGUGUCGAACGGUGUCGGUCUGGACAAGCCGCCGUCCUCGUCGUCGCACGGGGUACCAAUCUUCGCGCUACACGACGCCGGCUCCUUCUACGUACCGUUGACAGUCGAGGCGUCCAUGAUCAGGCCCUACCUGAGUUUCAUCCCGGACACCGGGCCUGACAUUGUUCUCCAUCCAGUUACGAUAUCGGUCAACUUUAAUCACUUAUCGCCGCCCUCGUGGUCGCAACACCACAGCCCCGUUCAUCAACAUCAGACAUAAGGGAGAAGCGAAUGAAAUAAGACAGUUUAUCGUUUGAUUGCUAGUGUCUAUCGUAGACGAAGGACACAGUCCCAGUUGUUUAUUCGAUUUCUGAUAUCGAUCCUUGACGGAUUACACUGCACUAUUAUAAAGCGAUUAUGAAAAUGCGGACGAGUUCUUGAUUAAUAUCAUUAAACAACGCGGUAAAAUCAGGAGCGAUCAUGGGGCCGUCCGUAGUGCUUGCGAGAAUCACGAGCAACCCUCGUAGUUGUUCUAUUUUAUUAGUCGCAAAACGCGAUAAACGGAAUAGAGCGAUCUAUAUACGUUAAAAUUCAUUAAUGUUUCAAUUUAGUAUUAUAUAAUUAUAUAAUUAUAUUAUUAUAAUUAUUAAUAUUAUAAUUAUUAAUAAUAUUAUUAUAUUGAUAUAAUUUCGUUAAAUCUCGUUAUAUUAAACUUUGGAAACUAAUAAAUUUUGAUAUUAAUUACGCCAUGUUUUAAAAUAUAUUUGUAGAAACAAUUAACACGUUCCACAUCGGAUUGAUUUUAGAGACUUUCCGUUCACGCCACGUGGGUCGCAUGCGCUUAACAUUAUCGAGAUUAAUUUUUAUAGUUCGUUUAUAAUAUUUUGCAUCGUGUAUAGAUCGCUUUGAUGUACGUUGCGUGACGCCGAAGUCUAAGAUGUUUGUAACAUUUACCGAGGCUGUGGGUCGUUUUAGCAUUUAUGAGAGAAAGUGCGCGCGCGAGAGAAAGAAUGAGAGUGAGAAAGAGAGAGAGAGAGAGAGAGAGAGAGAGAGAGACAGAGAGCAUGUUAAGAGUUGUAUAUAGGUAGAGUAUUAAGAAUAGGAAGUCCACAAGUCGUUUUGGCUUCGGUGUGUCUUUCUUCGUCGUUAAUCUGUAUAAUUCAGACACCCGUUUUCCUUCUUCUCCUUCUUCCUUAUCGGAUAUUUCGUCUCCUUCCUCUUUUCGCUCCAUCUUUUCUCCUCCUCGGACUCGCUUAUUUUCCGUUUUGUCAGUAGACAAACUUUUCGCGUAUGCUGUGUUCUCUUAAUCAAGAAUCAGUAUAAAUGUUGAUAAGUACUGUAAGAAUUAUGUGAUAUAAAAGUUUAGAAUUGAACUAAAUUGAAUUAAUUGCCAUUAUUCUGCUACUGUAAAUGAUCUCGAUCAUCCUGAGCAAAGCUCUACGUGCGUUACAAGUUCAAAAUGGAAUAAUAUUUCGAGAAGAUUUGGAAAAAUAAUCAUGUAAAGAGCGUAAAAUGAUUUGGAAUUCUUUAAUAUUGAAUUAUUUUAUUCGGUUAUUACCUCUCUGAUCAUGUUAUCUUUCCACUUUUUACAGUACUAAUUGCGGAUAUCGAAUCUUAAUCUUUGUAUAUUGACUAUUCGGUGGAGAGAGACACAUGUCGUGUUUCAAGUUGGGAUUCGGAAACAAGUUGAUUCUUUAUGUAACGCAUGGAAAAAUUAAUUUCUGUUAGGUUAAUACAGCAAAUGCAUGACAAAUAGAUGAAUGUUAUCAAUCUGACAGAACUUGAUUUAUCUAGAGUAUUUUCGAAAUCCCGAUGAAUCGAUCCGUAAACCGACAAUUUUCCGAGAUGUAAGUUGGCGUAAAAGUGCCUACAUAUAUCGAUUCACGAAUUCCACAUAUGUAAUUUCCCGUAUGUAUACAUACGAAGCAAAAGUGUUUCAUUAUUUUUUUUCUGCGAAUAAUAAUCCUGUGUCAUGUUCGAUUACGAGAGGAUUGAGUCUGCUCGAUGCCCCGCCAAAGAAAAACGGGCCUCAGCAAUUAAAGACUGACCAAGACCUGCAUUACACUAAAAUUCUUGUAAGAGAUCACUUGCAUUAAAUAUAUUUGUAUAUACCA